AUGGAUGACGUGAAGUUAUAUGCAAGGGGCAGAAAACAGCUGGAGGGACUGCUGGAACUGGUAAGAAGGUUUAGCAUAGACGUGGGUAUGACAUUUGGUCUUGAAAAGUGUGCCAAAGUGGAGGUGAGAAGAGGAAAACUGGCGGAGACGGGGAACAUCACGCUGGCCGAUGGCCGAGAGAUAGCAAGCUUGAAGACAGGAGACAGGUACAAAUAUCUAGGAAUCCAUCAGACCUAUGAGAUACAACAACAAGAAAAUAAAAAAACAGCUGAAACAGAACUCAUCAGAAGAGUACGAAAAGUACUCAAAUCACAACUUUCAGCGAAGAAUAAAAUGGUCGCUAUCAACGCAUGGGCCAUACCUGCAUUCUUGUAUACGGCUGGAAUCCUCACCUGGUCAAAGACAGAUUUGGAGAGACUAGACAGGCGAAUAAGAGCAACACUUACCCAAUGCGGGAUGUUGCACCCGAACUCGGCGAUCGAAAGACUCUACUUACCUCGCAAAGAGGGAGGGCGUGGGCUCAGCAACCUGGAACAUUCCUGCCUGAAAGAAGAACAAAAAAUUACAGACUAUUUUGUUCGGAAUAACUUACCUCUACACCAAUGGAUAGCAGCUAACCUUGGGAACUUGUUGGCUGAUGGAAGAAUCCGGGAAGACGACACAGGAGAAGACCUACCUGAAAAAUUGAGACGGAACUGGGAAUCUAAAUCUUUGCAUGGAAGAUUCUUUGCUAGUCUUCACCAGCCGGAGGUAGACAUAAUGAGAUCCAACACUUACCUGACACAAGGCUAUCUCUUCCCUCAAACUGAGGGAACAUUAUUGGCAAUUCAGGACCAGGUAGUGCCCACACGUGUAUACACCAAACACAUAAUGAAGCAAGAUGUUGAGACAACGAAAUGCAGACUAUGCAACACAGCCGAGGAGUCGGUGCAGCAUUUGUCAUCGGGAUGCUCAUCGAUUGCAAACACCAAAUACCUGGCUCGUCACAAUAAUAUGGGGAAGGUUGUACACCAGCUGCUGUGCCUGGAAAACCAGCUAUUGGACCACUUCACGCCACACCACAUAUACGUCCCACAAGCAUUGACAGAAAACGAGCACACGAAAAUCUAUUGGGACCUGACAGUGAUAACCGAUCGAGGCACUGAACACAACAGGCCCGACAUAGUGGUCUGGAACAAAACCAAGAAGACCGCCGUUAUCAUAGAUUUCGCAGUGCCAUUAGAUCAAAAUCUGUCAAAAGCGUAUGCUGAAAAAAUCGCCAAAUACGAACCCUUGGCACGACAAAUAAAAGAUAUGUGGCAGCUGGAGAGAGUCGACAUCAAACCUUUAAUAAUAAGUUGCAAUGGGCUGGUGCAUCAGAAGACUACAAAGCACAUAACAGACAUGAAGCUGCCCCCGAAUACCAUCUUAUGGAUGCAGAAGGCGGUCAUACUCGGGACGGUCAACAUUAUCCGACAGGUCAUCUACCCUCACUAA